GGAUCAUGUAUGGCUUUGACAAUUAUACUUAGGUAGUCGCUGCCUUGAAUCCUGACGUUAGUGGCUACCGUCAACAGUGUCAUUCCAACUGGAUGUCCUUUUUUAGUCGAACCUGUACACCGCAGUUAAAAGUAUUUAUUGCAACGCGUAACGUACAGUUGAACCGCUGUGUUAUAAUCUCUAACCCGUCGUCUGGUUUACUCGUCCGUCCUCCGUCGUUAAGCUCUACGUCCCCGCUUCUCAGGGGACCAGACCGUCAAACUACCUUGCAUACAUCGGGGCUGAUGUUCCAAUUUACAGCAUCUGCAAGCCGGACCAACCUCAACACUACCACUCGCGGAAGCACCGACGCCGGUUGUUCCUCUCCAUGUCUCUCUCAUCGGCUUGGUAGAGGUGUUGCGGGCUAUGGUGUCCAAGGGCACGCCCCUACCUUCCGCGCCUCAAACCCGCAGUUACCUGCGGCCAUGGCCUGGACUGCCGUACAGUACAAUUCACGAACCAGCUUUAAGGAUUCCUUACGGAGCCCAUUUAAGUCCCAUUUCUCUCCAAGAACACCACAGUUGCAACCUACGGUGCUGCCCCUGAAACAACAUCGCCCCAGAAGCCUCACAACUGGCGUUGGCUGGGCAGCUGAUGCGGCUAUUACCCUGCAACAACCGGAGCCACUGCAACAGCCAGCGGAGAGGAGGGGUCAUGUUGUGGAUGAUGACGGGGACAGGAACGGCUGCUGCAGCAGUAGCGGCAAUGCAACCGGCAGUGGCAUCGCUAACGGCAGUGGCAACGUACAUGUUGAGUACGGCAGCAGCAGCAACAGCUGUGAUUCUCGUACGAGCAGUAACAGCAGUAGCAGGAAAAAGGACUUUAUCCUGGCUACUCGCGAUGAAGACACGAUCGCGUCCAUAGUAACAGGCAUGUCCCACGGGUCAGUCGCGAUCAUUCGGAUAUCCGGCAGCGACGCGGUCGCAAUCGCCUCCAAGGUGUUCCGUCCGGGAGGCCGAGUGCGCGCCGACUGGCGGCCGGAAAGCCACCGAGUGUACUACGGUACGGCAGUGGAUCCGGAAGGACGAUUACUUGAUGAGGUUCUCCUGCUCGUGAUGCGCUCCCCCCGCUCCUACACCGCGGAGGAUGUGGCCGAGCUUCACUGUCACGGGGGCGGCGUGUGCGCAGCUCGGGUGCUGGGGGCGCUGCAGGAGGCGGG